AUGGCUGGCAUCCUUGAAAUCAAGGCCCGUAGGAGCGAUGCAGUUUCGGAGCAGCUUGGAGGCUGCCGUGCGUGGAUCGUCUUCUUGCACAGUAUGGUGGACAUCUACUCUCACACCUCGGUGCUUCUGCUUGCUUGGUUCACCAAUGCCUACAUAAUUCCGGUGUACCUGGCGCUCCUCUUUGCCAUGGUCACCCAAGUCUCAGACCUCACGCCAUGGCAGCUCGCCGAAGCUCCGCUACUCUGGCUCGCACCUCAUGGGGUUCGCGCAACAAGGGUGCGCUGCUUCCGGCUUGGCAGCCUGGCAUUGAGGGUCCUGGUAGUGGUGGCGUUGGUGACAGUGGUGGAGGGUAAUGAUCCCCCCAGCAUAGUGUCGCCCCGACGCCUCUUGCGAACGCCUCCCAGCCUGGCUGAAGACCGCCUGGUGGGCCGAAGAGGCCCGUUGUGA